UCUUCUCAAAAGGGUAUUUGAAAACCCUCCUUUUUCCAUCUCCUCCACUGCUACUGUGCAGGCACACAGUCUCUCUGCUCAGUAACAAUGGUGUCUUCACCACCAUUUUCAUCUUCUUCCUCUUCCUACAUUUUAGCAGCUUCUCUUCUUCUUUCACUCUCUCUGUCUCUCUGCUUCUCUGCCGGAGAAUCUUCCAAUGCAAUCGGCCAGGGCUACCGUCUAAUCUCCAUCGAAGAAUCUCCCGAUGGCGGCUUCUUCGGCUACCUCCAGGUCAAGCAGAAGAGCAAAAUCUAUGGCUCCGACAUCACCCUCCUCCGUCUCUUCGUCAAGCACGAGACGGAUGACCGUCUUAGGGUUCACAUCACCGACGCGAAGCAGCAGAGAUGGGAGGUUCCGUACAACCUCCUCCCCCGGGAGCAGCCUCCGCCGGUCGGAAAGGUCAUCGGAAAGUCACGGAAGAAUCCGAUUACGGUGCAGGAGAUCUCCGGAUCGGAGUUGAUCUUCAGCUACACCGCCGAUCCGUUCACCUUCGCCGUGAAACGCAGAUCCAACGGUCAGACUCUCUUCAACACGAGCUCCGCCGGCUCCGACGCCUUCGGCGAGAUGGUCUUCAAGGACCAGUACCUCGAGGUAUCAACCACGCUCCCGAAGGACGCGUCGCUGUACGGACUCGGGGAGAACUCGCAACCGCACGGGAUCAAGCUGUACCCGAACGAUCCGUACACGCUCUACACCGAGGACGUGUCGGCGAUCAAUCUGAACACGGAUCUGUACGGAUCGCACCCAGUGUACAUGGACCUGAGGAAUGUCGCCGGAAAUCCAUCGGCGCACGCCGUCCUCCUCCUCAACAGCAACGGCAUGGACGUGUUCUACAGAGGAACUUCUCUGACGUACAAAAUCAUCGGGGGCGUUUUCGACUUUUACUUCUUCGCCGGACCUUCGCCUCUCUCCAUCGUCGACCAGUACACCGCCUUGAUCGGCCGUCCGGCGCCGAUGCCUUACUGGUCACUCGGGUUUCAUCAAUGCAGAUGGGGUUACCACAACUUAUCGGUUGUCGAAGACGUUGUGGAGAAUUACCAGAAGGCGAAAAUCCCUCUCGAUGUGAUAUGGAAUGACGACGAUCACAUGGAUGGUCACAAGGAUUUCACCCUGAACCCUGUGAGCUAUCCUCGUCCUAAGCUUCUUGCCUUCUUGGACAGAAUCCACAAGAUGGGCAUGAAGUACAUUGUCAUUACCGACCCGGGUAUCGGUGUAAAUGCCAGUUAUGGCGUCUACCAGAGGGGAAUGGCCAAUGAUGUGUUCAUCAAGUAUGAAGGCGAGCCUUUCUUGGCUCAAGUGUGGCCUGGUCCUGUUUACUUCCCCGAUUUCCUCAACCCAAAGACGGUCGCUUGGUGGGGGGAUGAGAUUCGUCGUUUCCAUGAACUUGUCCCGGUUGAUGGUCUCUGGAUCGACAUGAACGAAGUGUCGAACUUCUGUUCCGGGUUGUGUAAGAUCCCAAAGGGCAAGCAGUGUCCUAGUGGAGAGGGGCCCGGUUGGAUCUGUUGCUUGGACUGCAAGAAUAUUACGAAAACAAGAUGGGAUGAUCCUCCUUACAAGAUCAAUGCCACCGGUGUUAAGGCUCCCAUCGGGUUCAAGACCAUAGCCACCAGUGCUUAUCACUACAACGGUGUCCGCGAAUACGACGCUCACAGUAUCUACGGAUUCUCCCACGCCAUUGCAACACACAAGGCCCUUCAGGGUAUCGAGGGCAAGCGUCCUUUCAUCUUGUCGAGGUCCACUUUCGUCGGUUCUGGUCACUAUACGGCUCACUGGACCGGCGAUAACCAGGGAACUUGGGAGAGCUUGAAGAUAUCUAUCUCGACUAUGUUGAAUUUCGGAAUUUUCGGUAUUCCAAUGGUUGGUUCAGACAUAUGUGGAUUUUACCCUGCUCCUACAGAAGAACUCUGCAACCGUUGGAUCGAAGUCGGUGCCUUUUACCCUUUCUCGAGGGAUCACGCCAAUUACUAUUCCCCGAGACAAGAGCUAUACCAAUGGAAAUCAGUGGCUGAAUCCGCACGUAAUGCCCUCGGGAUGAGAUACCGACUCCUUCCUUACCUCUACACGUUGAACUACGAAGCUCAUAUGACCGGCGCCCCCAUAGCCAGACCGCUGUUCUUCACGUUCACCAACUACACCGAAUGCUACGGCCUGAGCACACAGUUCUUGCUCGGAAACAGCCUCAUGGUUUCGCCGGUUCUUGAAAAGGGCAAGACCGAAGUGGAAGCACUCUUCCCACCGGGCUCAUGGUACCACAUGUUCGACAUGACACAAGCCAUCGUGUCCAAGAACGGGAAACGGGUCACGCUCGAUGCCCCGUUGAACGCAGUGAACGUCCACCUGUACCAGAACACGAUAUUGCCGAUGCAGAGGGGCGGAAUGAUAUCGAAAGAAGCGAGAAUGACGCCGUUCAGCCUCGUUAUAACCUUCCCCGCGGGAUCAUCCGAGGGUUACGCAAAGGGAAAUCUCUAUCUGGACGAGGAUGAGCUCCCGGAGAUGAGACUCGGAAACGGGUAUUCGACAUUCGUCGAAUUCUACGCGUCUGUUAGUGACGGGAGCGUGAAGAUGUGGUCGCAGGUUACGGAAGGGAAGUUCGCUCUGGACAAAGGAUGGAUCAUCGAGAAGGUUUCGGUUCUUGGCCUUAAAGGGACAGGGACAGGAACUGGAAAAGGACAAGAAGCUAUGGAUAUCACCAUUAAUGGAAGCUCUGUUUCGAAGGAGAUGAACUCAGCAGAACAUAAGUACGUGGCAAUGGAGGAUGAAGGAGAGAACAAGAGUGUGAUGGUUGAAGUUUUGGGACUUGAGAUUCCGAUUGGUAAGAACUUCAACAUGUCCUGGAAAAUGGGUGUCAAUGGGGCAAGUUAAUUUUUUUUUUUGGGGGGGGGGGUUUAAUUUCGAAUUUGGAAUUUGAUCAUAAGAGAGUUUGAAGAUUUAAAAGUAAUGUUUAUUAUCCUUAAUCCAUUCCGACAAGGGCAAGAAGGGAAAAAAAAAGAGAGGUUAGAUUAUGUUUUGUGUGAGUUCGAGAUUUUAAGGUGUUUUUAGAGGAUUUUAAUUUCAAUAAAUAAAAAAUGAAAGCAGAUGUAUCUGAUUUCGUAUUUUGGUUCA